UAGUGCUCUUUUCCGUGGAAGCAAUGGAUUUUGACAUAUCUGAGACAGGUCUAGGACGAGUGAAUCAACUGGGAGGCGUUUACAUCAAUGGAAAGCCUUUACCGAAAGAGAUCAGGGAAGAGAUCAUUGAACUGGCGCGACUGGGCGUUCGCCCUUGCGACAUCAGUCGCCGCUUGAAAAUUACCCACGGCUGCAUCAGCAAGCUGCUGUCAAAAUACCAAAAGACGGGAUCUAUCAAUCCUGGAGGUACUAAUGUCGGAAGACCAAGGGUCAUCACUCCCAAAAUAGAGGAAAAGAUAGAGCAGUAUAGGAGAGAGCAGCCAGGGAUUUUCUCAUGGGAGCUUCGCGAUCGCCUUCUUAACGAAAAUGUUUGCAGCCGAGAGAACCUGCCUUCACUAAGCUCGAUCAGCCGGCUUAUCAAGCAUAAAAUGAUGGCUCGUGCAGUUUGUAACAAGCAAGGGUACAAGAAGAAUGACGAGAAUUCGCAGAUGAGCAGGAACGUUUCAUCUCAUUCUAUUGAGGACAUUUUAAACCUUCCAGUUGAAAAUUCAACGGGGUUUCAGAGUCCAGAAGACCAAGAUGCUGCCGCUACUGAGGGAGACUCCGUAUCAGAAGAGGAAAGUUCGUUGAUUCGGCGGCAGCGUCGGCAGCGUGCAAAGUAUACAAGCCGUCAACUUCAUGAACUGGAGGUUGAAUUUGAGAGGAAUCCGUAUCCUAAUGCAUGGGAUCGAGAGACGUUAUCUCACAAGCUGGGAAUCCACGAAACAAGAAUACAGGUGUGGUUCUCGAAUCGCCGAGCGAAGGGAAGAAGAAAACCAUAUGAAGGUGGAGCUACUGCUCAGACGCAAGUAACGUCGCCUCUAGUUUGUACAUGCCACAAAUAUUCUGUGCCGCUCCUUACUCCAUGGAUGAUUGAGUCCGGACCUUCAAGAUUGUUUUUUCCACCACCUGGAUACUGGGGGUACGAGUCCUCAUGAGCAAGGUUAUCAACUCUACCAGCUAUGACGUAAAACGUAUCUUACCUGCAACGUAGGAGACAAGAUACACAUUGACAUUUUAAUUAGCGGUGCCAUAUUAAAUAAAUAAUAAAUAUUAAAUAAAUAAUUGUAUUGUUUUGUAGAGUAAGUUAUGCAAAUUGUAGUAUAUAUUGUAACUAGCAUCUGUAAUUGCAUCGUACUGUAAGUAGUGAAGCAGUUGUAUUACUGUUGUAAUUAGUAGUUGUAUUACUGUUGUAAAUUUGGUAAGUAGACGUACCAGAGUUGUAGGCAGUGUGGAUCACAAUUAAAAUAAUAAAAAAAAAUUAGCGGUGCUAUUUUCGUCCGAGCUAACCUGACUGGAU